UGCCGUGCGGGGGGUCUUCACGUUCUCGUGGCGCGGCGCAGGCGCACUAGGUCCUCGGCGCGGACCGCGCAGACUGAAUAAUAAAAGGGGAGCGGCGAAGAGGCAGGAAGACAGGACCAUGUCGAAGGGCCCCGGGCCCGGCGGCUCCGCAGCUUCCUCGGCGCCCCCGGCCGCUACCGCUCAGGUGCUGCAGGCACAGCCCGAGAAACCGCAGCACUACACGUACCUGAAGGAGUUCCGCACGGAGCAGUGCCCGCUCUUUGUGCAACACAAAUGCACUCAGCACCGGCCCUAUACCUGCUUCCACUGGCACUUCGUGAACCAGCGGCGUCGCCGGUCCAUCCGCCGGCGGGACGGCACCUUCAACUACAGCCCCGACGUCUACUGCACCAAGUACGACGAGGCUACGGGCCUCUGCCCGGAGGGCGACGAGUGCCCAUUCCUGCACAGGACCACAGGGGACACUGAGCGCAGGUACCACCUGCGCUACUACAAAACUGGAAUCUGUAUCCACGAGACAGACUCAAAAGGCAACUGCACCAAAAACGGCCUGCACUGCGCUUUCGCCCACGGGCCGCAUGACCUCCGCUCCCCUGUCUACGACAUCAGAGAGCUCCAGGCCAUGGAGGCCUUGCAGAACGGCCAGACCACAGUAGAGGGCAGCAUAGAGGGCCAGACGGCUGGGGCUGCGAGCCACGCCAUGAUAGAAAAAAUCCUCAGUGAGGAGCCUCGGUGGCAAGAAACUGCCUAUGUGCUGGGGAACUAUAAGACGGAGCCGUGCAAGAAGCCCCCGCGGUUGUGCCGCCAGGGUUAUGCCUGUCCCUACUACCACAACAGCAAGGACCGGCGGCGGAGCCCCCGGAAACACAAAUACAGGUCAUCUCCAUGUCCGAACGUGAAGCACGGGGACGAGUGGGGAGACCCCGGCAAGUGUGAGAACGGAGACGCCUGCCAGUACUGCCACACCCGCACGGAGCAGCAGUUCCACCCAGAGAUCUAUAAAUCCACCAAGUGCAACGACAUGCAGCAGUCGGGCAGCUGUCCCCGAGGACCUUUCUGCGCCUUUGCCCACGUAGAACAGCCAUCCCUCAGUGACGACCUGCAACCUUCCUCAACUGUGUCUAGCCCCACUCAGCCGGGUCCUGUCUUGUACAUGCCAUCUGCUGCUGGAGACUCGGUGCCCGUGAGCCCCUCCAGCCCGCAUGCCCCCGACCUCAGUGCUCUCCUCUGUAGAAACAGCAGCCUAGGCAGCCCAUCUAACCUCUGUGGCUCCCCCCCGGGCUCCAUCAGGAAGCCCCCGAGCCUGGAAGGCAUUGUCUUCCCUGGGGAGUCUGGCCUUGCCCCCGGCAGCUAUAAGAAGGCUCCUGGCUUUGAGAGGGAAGACCAGGUGGGAGCCGAGUACCUGAAAAAUUUCAAAUGCCAGGCCAAGUUAAAACCCCAUUCACUAGAGCCCAGGAGUCAAGAGCAGCCUCUGCUUCAGCCCAAACAGGACAUGCUGGGCAUCCUUCCCGUGGGCAGCCCCCUGACCUCAAGCAUCUCUUCUAGUAUCACCUCCAGCCUGGCAGCUACGCCCCCUAGCCCCGCCGGCACCAGCAGCGUCCCUGGCAUGAACGCAAAUGCUCUGCCCUUCUAUCCCACCAGCGACACGGUAGAGUCAGUCAUAGAGUCUGCCCUGGAUGACCUGGACCUGAAUGAGUUUGGGGUGGCCGCCCUAGAGAAGACUUUUGAUAACAGCACGGUGCCCCACGCAGGCAGCAUCACAAUUGGCGGCAGUUUGCUGCAGAGCUCUGCACCCGUGAACAUCCCUGGCUCCUUGGGCAGUUCUGCUUCCUUCCACUCAGCAUCCCCGUCCCCUCCUGUCAGCCUCUCCUCGCAUUUCCUGCAGCAGCCCCAAGGCCACCUGAGCCAGUCAGAAAACACAUUUUUGGGGACUUCAGCAUCACAUGGAUCUUUAGGUCUGAACGGGAUGAAUAGCAGCAUCUGGGAGCAUUUUGCCUCUGGUAGCUUCUCCCCAGGCACUUCUCCUGCCUUCCUGUCAGGGCCAGGGGCUGCCGAGCUGGCCCGGCUGCGGCAAGAGCUCGAAGAAGCCAACAGCACCAUCAAGCAGUGGGAGGAGUCCUGGAAGCAGGCCAAGCAGGCUUGUGACGCCUGGAAGAAGGAGGCAGAGGAGGCCGGUGAGCGGGCCAGCGCGGCCGGCGCCGAGUGCGAGCUGGCCCGGGAGCAGCGGGACGCGCUGGAAGGGCAGGUGAAGCAGCUGCAGGAGGAGCUGGAGCGGCUGCACUCGGGCCCCGACCCCCAGGCCCUGCCCGCGCUCUCCGGCCUGGAGGCCCUCCCCCUCUCCACCCUCUGCUCCCUCCAGCAGCAGCUGCGGGCCCGCCUGGAGCAAGUGGACAAGGCCGUGUUCCACAUGCAGUCGGUGAAAUGCCUUAAAUGUCAGGAACAGAACCGAGCGGUGCUGCCGUGCCAACACGCCGUGCUGUGUGAGCUCUGUGCCGAGGGCAGCGAGUGCCCUGUCUGCCAGCCUGGCCGGGCCCACGCCCUCCAGUCGUGACCCCGCAGGCCUGGCUCCGGCCUGGCUCAGAUCUUCUUACCUAGGACUUUUUAAAGUAUAUAUAUAUGUAUGUAUGUAUGUAUGUAUGUAUGUGUAUAUGACUCUGUAUGUGUAUACAUUUCUGUGUGUGUGCAGGUGUGUGUGGGCGGCGGUGUGUGAACAGUGUCUGUGUGUAUAUCUGUACAUAGAUAUAGACACACACUUUAAAACAGACUUACCAAGCACUUUUUAAAAGAAAAAACUAUUUUGCAGCCCUCCCCUUGCCCACUCUCUCCUUUUCCACUGCAGAGACAAAGUCCCCUCUUCGCCCACUGGCCUUCGGCAGGGGAUACGUUUCUGUCUCUUUUUAAAUGUAGGAAAACUAACUAGUUUUAACUUCUUCCUGGGGCCCCCGGUGGGAAGCCGGAAGGGGCUGAGGGGAGGGACCAAGCCUUCAGGGCAGGCCCUGUUCACUGCACCUCCCCAGGCCAGACAGAGCGCCAGGGAUGUGGAUGUCCCGGGUCAGACCUGGUUCCCAGCUGUGAGGCUCGAAGGGCCGCGCCGGGGUCGAAGCCGGCCUAGCUCCUAGGUGUACCAAAUGUGUAUUUAGUCUGGGGCUGGCAGGCCAAAGCAGCAGGGGCCAGCCCCAUUCCCAGCCCCAGGCCCUUGAAGCUCCUCGAGGGGCAAGGCCGGGAGUUCUACCCCUCAGGUUCCUGAGGCCAGGGAUCCACCUCAGUCCUCUCCCCCUGGGCCCCUAAAGCAGCCUCCCUGGCCCCAGGGCCACCUACCAGACUGGCACUGCCCUCUUCAUAAUCCCCCAGCUGCUGUCAGCUCCCCCCCCCCUUACCCCCACUCCCUCUGGCAGCUAGCAGGGCAAUUGGUGGGGAGGAGCUGCAGACUGAGGACCAAGGCGGGGCGCAGGCCCUGCCCUCCUCACUGGAGGGGCUCCGUAUGCAUUCCUUGGUGCUCUCUGAGUGCAGCUGACGUCCUGUCCAUUUGGAGCGGACGCCUGUGUACAUGUGUGUGCGUGCCUGUCUGAUGUAUAUUGUGUCUUAGCUUCCAUUUUAAAGAUUGUUCUGUACAGAAAGAUGCAGUGGGUGCGGGAGGGCAGAGCGGGUGGAGGGCAGCCCCCUGCUCCCGGCCGGGGGUCUGGGGUGGGAGCAGGAGGGCUGUGAAGGGUCUGGCCUGGCCCAGCCUCUCCUUGGGCUCAGCACGAAAGGGCUUUCAAUGAAUUAAGUGAAAACUUUUUUUUUUUUACAAAAAUGCAAAAUCAAAGCUCCAAACCUAUUGGAAAUAAAAUAUGAACUUACA